AUGGAAUCCGGAUGGGAUGGAACCGGAUGGAACCGGAUGGAUCCGGAUGGAACCGGAUGGAUCGGGAUGGACUGGGAUGGAACCGGAUGGAUCGAUGGAUGGACUGGGAUGGAACCGGAUGGAUCCGGAUGGAAAAGGAUGGACUGGGAUGGACUGGGAUGGAUCCGGAUGGACUGGGAUGGAUGGAUGGACGGAUGGAUCCGGAUGGAACCGGAUGGAACCGGAUGGAACCGGAUGGAUCCGGAUGGAACCGGAUGGACUGGGAUGGAUCCGGAUGGAUCCGGAUGGAACCGGAUGGACUGGGAUGGAUCCGGAUGGAUCCGG